AUGGGUAACGUACCCACAACAGUGAAGCACUGCUUGAGCUAUGAGCAACUCAUCCAGGACUACCCAUGGCUGAGACGCUGGCUGCAGGAGGAGAAGACCAUUACAGGACAUGAGUAUCCAGAGUUUGUUAAAAUCGUUGAGGUUGGGCCAAGAGAUGGACUUCAAAAUGAAAAGGAAAUUGUUCCGACAGGGGUGAAAAUCCAGCUGAUAGACAUGCUCUCACGAACAGGCCUGCCUGUGAUCGAGGCCACCAGCUUUGUCUCUUCAAAGUGGGUACCGCAGAUGGCGGACCACACUGAUGUACUCAGAGGAAUCCAGAGAGCACCUCAUGUUCAGUACCCUGUUUUGACACCUAACAUGCAGGGUUUCCAGGAUGCUGUUGCAGCUGGUGCUACUGAAGUGGCGGUGUUUGGGUCAGCGUCUGAAACCUUCAGUAAAAAAAACAUUAACUGCUCUAUUGAUGAAAGCAUGCUGAGGUUUGAGGAAGUCGUUAACGCGGCCAAAGAGCGACAAAUUCCCGUCCGUGGAUAUGUUUCCUGUGCCCUCGGAUGCCCCCACGAGGGACAUAUUGAACCUUCCAAAGUUGCUGAGGUGGCAAAGAGGUUAUAUGACAUGGGCUGUUGUGAGAUUUCCUUGGGGGAUACCAUCGGUGUUGGUACUCCAAGUUCCAUGUUUAAGAUGCUGCAGAGUGUGAUGAAGGAGGUGCCCACCAGUGCUCUAGCUGUUCACUGCCAUGACACCUACGGGCAAGCACUACCCAACAUCCUGACCGCACUUCAGAUGGGCGUCUGUGUGGUGGAUUCUGCAGUAGCUGGCCUGGGAGGCUGCCCGUACGCUCAGGGUUCGUCUGGCAAUGUCUCAACAGAGGAUGUUCUCUACAUGCUCCAUGGCAUGGGUAUUGAGACCGGUGUGAAUCUCGCUAAAGUUAUAGAGGCCGGUGACUUUAUUUGCAACGCUUUGCAUCGCGAGACAAACUCCAAGGUUGCCAAGGCCAGAGGCAGGACACUGUGAUGUGUUUCUGUAAAGGAACGUGUUUAAAUUUUUGACUCUGUUCCCUUUAAAGUGC